AUGCUAAACGUAUCAGUAGAAGAUUCUCUUUCUAAUGGCACUAUUAAGAUAUGGAUAUCUGAAUUCAAUCAUGAAAAAACAAGCUUAGAAGAUGAUCCAUGCAGUUUCGCCUUAAAAAAUGCAACGACCAAAGAAAUCAUUAAAAAAGUCCACGAGAUGGUAAUGAAUGAUAAAAAAUUAUUAGUCAAGGAGAUAGCUGAGAAGAUGGAGAUUUUUGUGGAAUAA